AGGAAAGCCGUGGGGAAAGGGGCUGGCGUGAUGCCCCUCGCUGGGAAAGCCCUGGUGCAGGUGUCUUUGCCUCCGGGAAAGUGGAGCAGUACAUCGAUUGGGUUUAUUUUUUCAAGAGCGGCUUAACUGUGUUAGUGGCAGCUGAACUGCGCUGAAUUGUGGCAGAAUCCGCUCCCUGCGAUGCUAAAUUCAGUCUAGAAGCGCAAGUUUCCUUCCCCCCAGCAAUCUCGCAGUGGAAUUCCUUCUCUCGUUUUCCAGAACGCCCUUUGUUCGGCGCCGCCCGCCGCACCGAGCGAGGCGCUCCAGCAGCGCCAUCCCCAGCGGGCAGGAGGCAGGAGCCCGUGCGGGCAGCAGCGGGAUCCGCUGUCCAGAGCAUUCCAGCAGAGCACAGCAGGGCCGAGCAGAGCAGAGCAUCCCCGGGCCGUGCCGGGGCGGGCGGGCGGCGGCUCCUCCCGGCGCUGGCGGGCGGGGCCCGCGCUGUGCCCGCCCCGCAGCCCCGCAGCCCCGGCCCGGAGGAGCCCCGGCGGUCCCUGCUCGGCGGCUGAGCGGCCGCAGCCAUGAAGUCGCUGUGCCUCGUCACCGUGGGGGUCCUGGCCAUGACGCUGCUGAUCGCCAGCAUCUCGCUGCUGGUCGCGCACGUCUUCCAGACGGUGGUGGAUCUGCAGGUGAAGCAGGGAACAGUCUUGAAGAAUGGCACAGAAACCUUUGAGGCCUGGGAGGACCCUCCCCCCCCAGUCUACAUGCAGUUCUACUUCUUCAAUGUGUCAAAUCCUCUGGAAGUGCUCCAAGGUGCUACUCCUCUCGUGGAGGAAAUAGGACCAUACACCUACAGGGAAUACAGGCCAAGAGUGCAUGUCCAGUUUUUGGACAAUGGAACCAAAGUGUCAGCUCUAAACCCAAAGACUUACGUAUUUGAACCUGAGAAAUCAGUGGGAGACCCUGAAGUGGACCUGAUCAGGACAAUAAAUAUUCCUGCAGUGACUGCCAUGGAGUGGACCAGGUCGACCCCGCUGCAGUUUGCCACCGAGGUGCUGCUGCUGCUGUACCAGGAGUCGCUGUUCACCGUGCACAGCGUGCACGAGCUGCUCUGGGGCUACAGGGACCGGCUGCUCUCCACCAUCCACGUCCUGCACCCCGAGAUCGACCCCGUCUUCGGGCUCUUCAGCAAGAUGAAUGGAUCUGAUGAUGGAGAAUAUGUUUUCCUGAGUGGGGAAACGAACUACCUGAACUUCUCCAGGAUCGUGGAGUGGAAAGGAAAAGAGUCCUUGAGCUGGUGGACAACAGAGGCGUGCAACAUGAUCAACGGCACGGAUGGGACGUCCUUUCACCCGCUGAUCAGCAAAGAUGAGAACAUUUACAUCUUUUCUUCUGACUUCUGCAGGUCCCUGUUCCUGGUGUACGACAGCUCGGGAGCCGUGGCCGGGGUGCCCACAUUCCGCUUCGUGCCCUCCUCCAUGGUGUUUGCCAACACGUCGGUGAACCCGGCCAACGCCGGCUUCUGCGUGCCCGCCGGCAACUGCCCCGGCACCGGCGUGCUCAACGUCAGCGUCUGCCGCCAGGGUGCUCCGAUAUUUCUGUCGGCUCCGCAUUUCUACCAGGCGGAUCCAAAGUUUGUAGAGGACAUAGAGGGCAUGCGUCCCAGAAAGGAAUACCACGAGACGUUUCUGGACAUCAAUCCUCUGACAGGGCUCGUCUUGCAGGCUGCCAAGCGGAUGCAGGUCAAUGUUCACGUCCGAAAAUUACCUGAAUUUUUUGAAACCGGCAACAUCCGAACGCUGAUUUUCCCAGUGAUGUAUAUCAAUGAGAGUGUUCUGAUUGAUGAAGCAUCUGCCAGCAAACUCAGGCACGUCCUGCUGGAAGCCAGUGUUGUGACUGGGAUCCCCUUUGUAAUCAUGGCUCUGGGGAUUGUGUUUGGGAUUGUUUUCAUUGUGCUGGCAUGCAGGUCCCAGAGGAUAAGUGAAGAGAGCACGGAAGAGGAGAGGUCCCCACUCAUCAGGACGUCUUAGUAGAUUUUCUUUACCCUGUGAGCUUGGAGAGUAAACGAUUAGAGCUGACCUAACACCAGCUGUCCCCUGUGGAGACACACUCGUGUCCAGUGGCACUUUUGGUGGGACAGGUGGAAGGGAAUCUGCACUGUCAGCCAGGGAAGAGACUUCUUUCUCGCCAGCUACAACUUCCAAACUCCGUUUUAAAACUGCUCCAGAUCCUGCUUUUCUCAGCCCUGCCCUGUGUUUGUCCCCACGCUGGCAGCCAGAGGAUGAUAACAGCUGGAUGGGCGACACAAGCCAGCCUGAUUCCCUGCAGGAGCGGCGUGGGGCGAGCGUGGGCGGCCUGCUGGGGGCACAGCGGGCUCCUGGGGACCAGGGACAGGGACAGGUGUGCUGUGUGUCCUGUCCCCAGCGUGUCCUCGCCCCGCUGCCACCGAGCGUUUGUUACUCGUGUCCCUGGUCCUGUCCCAGCACACGUGUGCAGCUCAUCCAGCCCGGAGCCGAGCCAGCGGCUGGAAGAGCAUUUCCAUGCAGACACCUCGGUGUUCCACUCUGCUUGUUAGCCAGGCUUCUGUCCUUCGGGUGGGGGGUUUGUUCUGCAGCUUGAGCUCCGCAGCUCAGCCUUGUUCUGGGGUGGAGGGACAAAGCCCCUGGGUGGUGUUGGGUGGGAGGUUUGCUGGGAAUGCAGACUUUGGUGUGUUUUUGAGAGCACCCCUGCCUGUUAUGGACAGGGUCCUGAGAACUCCUGACACUUUUUUUACUUGUCAAGCAGAAACUUGUGUUAAAAGUCACCGAGGUUCCUCCCCCCCUUUCCCAAUUAAAAGAAUAUUCUCAUCGAGGAACAUUUCCAUUAGAUAGUGAAAUGUAUUUUGAAGUGUG